UUCUUCUUGUGCGCUUGGCGGGCGAGAGCUAUGGAAAUCCCCGAGAAUCUCAAGGAGCGAUUCACUGCGAUGGGGAGCAAGCUCAAGAUCGGCGGCGCCGAGGUCGGCCGCAAGGUCUCGGCGCGGAUGACCGUGGUGGGAGGUAGGGUCAAGGAGCUGUUCCAGCCGCCAUCGCCGAGCGAGCGGAUGAUCGAGGAGGCGACGGCCGCGAACCUGCGAUCGCCGGACUGGGGGAGGUUCAUGGAAAUCUGCGACAUGCUCGGCGAUGGCCGGGUCUCCGGGCAGGACGUAGCGCGCGGGAUCAAGAAGAGGAUCGCGAACAAGAAUGCGGGCGUUCAGCUGCUGGCGCUGGCGCUGCUGGAGGCGUGCGUCAAGAACCACGAGAAGAUGUUCUCGGAGAUUGCGUCGGAGAGGAUUCUGGACGACAUGGUGAGGAUGGCCGAGGAUCCACAGGCCUGGCCGCGCUGCCGGGACAAGGCGCUGGCGAUGAUCGAGGCCUGGGGGGAGGCUACCGAGGAGCUUGGCUACUUGCCCGUCUACGAGGAGACUUACAAGAGCAUGAGAGCACGGGGAGUGAGAUUUCCUGGCCGCGACCCUUCGAGCUUGUCUCCCAUCUUUACGCCCAAAUCGUCACCUUCGGCUCCUUCUCUGCCAAAUAGCGCGAGUGGUUUCUCCGGGGCUAGCGUGAUCGACAUGGGACGUCUUUCGGACAGUGCCACUUUGGACGUUGCCAAGAACAGCGUCGAAGUUCUCUCAAACGUACUAACAUCCUCCGAUCAGCACCAGGAUGUUUCCAAAGACGAGCUUACCAUGUCUUUGGUCGAGCAAUGCAAGCAAGCGCAGCGUAGAGUGCAGCAAGUAGCUCAAAGAGCUGGCGAGGGCGACCCCAUACUCUUCCAGGCACUGGCCGUGAACGACGAGCUAGACCAGGUUCUUGAGAAGUUUAGCGAGUUCUGUGUCUCGUCCUCUUCGUCGCAGCAAAGCAAGCCAGCGGAACCGGCUCUCGUGACAGCCUUCGUCCAGGAAGAUCAGAGCUAUGACCCGCUAUCAGAUCUCGACGAAGAAGAGGAAGUGGCAAAGGCGCACCGAAAGGAACCGAACGAUCAUAUAUACAAUCGCCGCUAAAGAGACUUUGCAGCCAUUCUUUCUCA